UUGACCCGCGGCACCGGGUCUGCGCAGACGGAAGUCUGCGAGAGGCAACCGUGGCGGCGGAUCGGUCUCCCGCUGGAUCCUCGGAUUGUGACCCUAGCUGCUCCUGGUGGCCUCCCUCCCCAACCCCUUCCUGCCCUCACCCCGCAACCACGCGGAGAAUGGUUCAAUUCGCUUUAACUGUUGUCCGACAUGGAGAAACAAGAUAUAACAGAGAGAAAAUACUUCAAGGACAAGGAGUAGAUGAACCUCUUUCAGAGAUUGGUUUUAAACAAGCAGCUGCUGCUGGUGAAUUUCUUAGUAAUGUGAAGUUUACUCAUGUUUUCUCAAGUGAUCUCAUGCGCACAAAACAGACAACUGCCAGAAUUUUGGAGAAAAGCAGAUUCUGUAAAGAAGCAACAGUAAAAUAUGACAGGAGACUUCGGGAAAGGAAAUAUGGGAUUGCAGAAGGCAAACCUCUGGGUGAGUUAAGGGCAUUGGCCAAAGCAGCUGGGGAACAGUGCCCCAAUUUCACACCUUCUGGAGGAGAAACAUUAGAUCAGGUGAAGUUACGUGCACAGAGCUUUUUUGAAUUUCUUUGUCAACUUGUCUUGGAUGAAGCUGGUCAAAAAGAACUGCCCACAUCAGGAAUAAAAGACAGUGGCCUGGAGGCCUUUCAAACAUCUCCUUUAGGAAGCAACUAUGGUCUUGAUCGUAAUUCAGAUAGUGUUGCCCAAACGUUAGAUGCUAAUAUAUUGGUGGUGAGCCAUGGAGCUUACAUGAGAAACAUGUUUACUUAUUUUGUGGUUGAUCUAGAGUGUACUUUACCAGCAGGUUUAAGCAGAUCUGAACUCAAUUCAGUCAGCCCCAAUACAGGGAUCAGUCACUUUAUAAUAAAUGUAGAAGAAGGAGCUAAAGGGAUUAACUCAACCAUAAAGUGCAUUUGUAUUAAUCUGCAUGAUCACCUAGCCAAAGUGACAGGAAGUACCUAAGCCCAAAUAAAUCAUCACUAGGACAUGAAUAUUUUUGUGUCACUGAAGGAGCGCCUUGCUUCCAAUAGUUAUGAUUCCAAAUGCUUGAAAAAGCUUUCAGAAAUAGGUUAUAAUGGAUAUGGAAAGCAGUAACCGAAAAACACUAAGUAAAACCCAGGGGGUGAGUUUUUAGUUCAGCUACUGGAAUUUUCCAAAAGAAAUGCUACUGUUUUCUUGCCAGGUUUUGACUUUGAAUAGAAAUGGAAAUGUCCUUGUUGAAGAAAUCCAGUGUUGUCAAAUGAAGUGUUACAACUUUGAAAUAUAAUUUAUUAUCACGGUAUUUCAUGUAUUCCUUUCUUGUGCUAAACAUUAGCACUGACAAUGGUUAUUUUUUAAUAACACCACCACAAUUUAUCAAAGAAUUGCUUAUGCAGAAGGACAUUUUUUCCUUUUUAACCAAUUAUGUCUAGAUUUUGUGUGUCUAGAUUUUGCAGCUAAUUUAUCAAAUCAUGUUUUUUGUUUUGUUCUACUUUUUUAUGUUAUUUGUUUUUUAUGGUCACAAAAUAAAUAUAGCCUAUGUGAUUGGUUUUUGGUGAGCAUCACACUGUAUAUUUCACUACUAAUUUUUAAUGUUUGGGGAAAAGGAACUAUUUAUUAUGGAAUGUUGUCUCUUAGUUUAGAAUGCCUCUAUGUUGAAGAAAUCUACUUUCUGAAUAAAACAUUUAUCAACAUGAUGAGUUCAUAAAAAAUAAAAUAACAUUACUAUUUCUUGUGGAGAAAA